UAACACUGUAAAAACUUUAACCCGUGUCUUCAUAACAUUGAAAAACUAUGUUUCGUAAUUGUUUUUUAAUUAAGAUUAUCGCAUAAUAGGUAAAAGAAUAAUGCAGGUGUCCGCGUUUUUAUUCUCAUCAUGAAUAUUUCCAACCCUCACGCUACUCUAUGCCGGGCGCGCCCUAAGCCGCGCUUGCUACCGUAGUUUAACGGCGGCCCCGACGGCAACAGGCUGCCCGCCGCCACCACCGCUACACCACCGCUACACGACCGCUACAUCGCCGCUAUAGCGACACCUCAACUAACGAGCGAGUCAGCCUACACCGGAGUAUAGAACACAAUCACGAGCGACACGACGCGUGCGACAUGGGGAACAAGGUGGUCACCUUCACGGAGCAGCAGCUCGAGGACUACCAGGACUGUACAUUCUUUACAAGGAAAGAAAUUCUAAGAGUGUUCAAACGGUUCCGCGAGGUGAACCCCGAGCUGAUCCCUAAGAGCAUGACGGAGAACCAGGCGCACACCAUCGUCGUCCCCGUCCACGAGAUAGAAAAACUCCCGGAACUCAGGGAGAACCCGUUCAAGCGACGCAUCUGCGAGGUGUUCUCGCACGACGGCUCCGGCAACCUCACCUUCGAGGACUUCCUCGACAUGAUGUCGGUGUUCAGCGAGGCCGCGCCGCGCGACAUCAAGGCGUGGUACGCGUUCCGGAUCUACGACCUAGACGACGACAUGUACAUCGGGCGCGGCGACCUGCUGCAGGCGGCGCGGCUGCUGACGCGCGGCCAGCUGACGGCGCGCGAGCUGCAGGACGUGGUGGCCAGCGUGCUGGACGAGGCCGAUCUCGACGCCGACCAGCGCCUUUCUUUCAUGGACUUCGAGCACGUCGUCGUGCGCGCGCCCGACUUCCUCUCCACCUUCCACAUCCGUGUCUGACUGAGUGCCCCGAUUUGACUGCCGCGCUAGUUCACCCACCGAGUCACCCCCAGCCCAGUUGACAUCAUCGUAACAGUUCAUUCUAUUUUCAGAUUAGAUUUCAUUAGAAGUACGAUUUUUCAUUGCCAUGUUAAAAAUCAUGAUAAAUACAUAAUUACAUAUCUGAAAUCAAA